AUCAAUAUAAAAACCAAAAUAAAACGCGACAGGAAGGGGGACGAUGAAAUUUAAUUACUUAAUCUUCAUUGAUAUUUGCACGAUGAUCAUUUUGCCUCAAGAUGGUGAAGAACGUUGUUGAAAAUAAAAAGCUAUAGAUGAUUGGUAUAGUAAUAUAUUUCGAUAAUAUUACUUGAUUAUAUUUACUUGAAUAAAUCGAUUAUUCGAUAAUCGAAAUACAAUUGUGUCCGUUCCAAGCCAACUUUAUAUCAUUCGUUAUUUUUUAAAAGAUAAGUGAAAAAAUGUUUUAAGAUAUUUGGCGUGUAUUAUCGAGUAUAUAUAUAUAUAUUUUUUUUUCUUUUCGCAUAAAAUACACAAAAUUUGAAAUGUGAUGACGAUAUACAUACACACACGCUAUUAACAAGGAAAAUAAAUGCCCGGAGUUUGCGCACGUUGUCGUCGCGAAGUUUAUUUCGCGGAGGAAAGAUUGGCUCUCGGAAAAGUUUGGCAUACAUUCUGUUUCUCUUGCCUCAACUGUCGAAAAUUGUUGGACAGUUGUACAGUGUCGACGCAUCGUGGCGAAUUAUUUUGUCGAAAUUGUUACUCCCGACUUUUUCCGAGCAUUUUACGUUCCACGAAAGAGAAUAAUUCAUCCAAAGAUAUUAAAACGUUUCCCCGUUCAACUAUCCUGAACACGCCGAUCUCCGUCAAGGAUUCCACUUGUUGUCAUUGCUGUUGUUAUUGCGCCACUGAAGAUACUCCGAUCGGUGAAGUAUCGUCGAUAAACAGCAAAGAUUAUCAUUCGAAGAAACAUAGACUACGUGGAGGUGGAGAAGAAGAGGAAAAGUCGCAAUCUAGUACGGAAGGAAAUCAUAAAAAUCCAAUCAACGUGUCGCCAACACCACGUCCUUGCCCACGAUCAUCGACUCGUCGUGUGUCUUUCUGCGAAGAGAAAAACACUAUUGAUCAUUGUUGUGAUAUGCAGAAUGAUCAAAAAGUAUUCUUGGACGAUAGAAAUCUCGAUGAUUGUUCGAAGGCAGAUAUUCUAACUAUACGUUCCUCCGAGGAUCUAAGAAAAGCCGAUCAGGAUUUAAACGAUGAAGAUUUAAAUUAUUCCGAUAUCGUUGACACAACGCAAAUACCAUGUCAUGAUAUUGAUAAAGAUAACGAGAAUAUUAUCGACAAGGAUAUGCCAAAUUGUAUUCAUAGAAAUCUUCAAGAUAUUCAAGAUAAAAAUGACAACGACGACGAUCGUAUGAGAGGAGGUCACGGAGGAAGUAAUUGUCGUAAAUCAAGAAAAUCGGAAGGUUGUUGCGCUAAUAUAUCGAUUAGCGAGGGAUACGAAUGUUGUUCUUCCCAGAAUCCGAAUAACAGAGGUUGCUGUUGCCGUAAACGAUGUAUAGAAUUCGAAUCGUGUCCUCCUCCUAGGGAACACGAUCCUUGCGACGAUUAUAAAAAUGUACCUUGCAAGUACGUCAGCUGUUCUCCACCUUGUGCCGAUAAAAGAGGUUGUUGUCCUCCCGCGGGAUGUAGACCAGUUUGUAGGAAACCUAGGAGAAAUUGUUGUUCACCUUGUAAAGGAGAAUUGCCAGGUUGUGGUGGUGGGGGAUGUUGUGGUGGUGGUUGUCGAGGUGGAUGCGGUAAGCCUGGUCAAACUUGUGUCCCGGCUCGACAAUGUUUUGUUCCACCUUGUCGACUAUUACCUCCGUGCGUCGAAACACCCUGCGCAUCACCGCGACCUUCACCCUGUUGUCGACCACCUAGUCGAGGAAGAUGUUGUUGCACGGGAGGCGGUGGCUCGAGCUACUGCCGAUCAAGAAGUCCACCAUGCCGUACCGUUACCAAUGGGGAUUGUUGUUGCGACAAUGUUACAUGCUGCGAUAUCGACGGAAUUGAUUCAUGUUGCAAGGUCAAGUUACCUCCAGGAUGCGAAUGCCUAGGUGGUGGUCUGGACUGUCAACGUUGCGGACGAAAGGUGUACCAAGCUGAAAUGCAGAUCGCUUCCGGUGUGCCGUAUCAUAACAUUUGCUUCAGUUGCUUCUGCUGUCGUAAACCUCUCGAACCUUUGACGUAUCAAGAGAGUUGUGGGGAAAUUUAUUGUAAACAAUGCUACAUCAGAAAUUUCGGACCGCAAGGAUACGGUUACGGUAUGGGAGCUGGCGCGCUGCAGACCCCAAUGUGAAGCAAUAAUAUCGGAGAGGAUAUGCAAAAACACGAUGUUAUUCUACUUCGAUUUACAAAUAUCCACAAAUAUUUGUAUGGAUACUUCUAUUUAUUUUCGUAACGAACGUUGUGGCGGAUAUUGUUUUAUCGUAUCGUACGAUCAUUUUUUAAUCCAUCUUACAUGGAAGAGCGUACAACUUGUACAAUCUUGCUUUAUUGUACGAAGUAUUUCAUUUACAAAAUUAAAUAUUAUUUCUCAUAAUGGUUUAUU